AAUGUGAAAGUAAGAAUCGCACUGAGAAAGAGGAUACAGUUCUAUUCCCGUCUCAUCUGAAGGGCCUUUUUCUCUCAAAUAUUUCCAGUCUCUCGAGUUCUCUCCGAUCAUCCAGGCAGUGGUGGAACACACAGGACACACUGCUGAGUAUCAGCACAUUUGCAGACAUCGAACACAAUCUGAGCUCACAACUUUGGACCGGAACACCUGAGCUCCGACGAUGGGCCAGGAACAGACAAGAGAAGACUCACUCACAGGUGAAGGCUCUGCUGAGUCAGGGCUCAGAGAAGAGGGAGACCCCGCCUCUGUACGACCUGGGACCAGAGCUCUGAGCUCUAAGCUGCAGCCCGAACCACCUGGACCUGGACCUGGACCCAGCCCCAGCUAUGUGUCUCUGAAGAGUGAUGGCUCUAUGGGGAGAUGGAUUACCUUCAGAGGAGGACCGGAGCCUUCAGGUUUGAGGACCCAGCUGGAGGAACCAGAAAAGUGUGGACAUUCUCUGAUAAGUGAGCGCUCCAUGGAUAAAAUUAUUGACUUCAAAGCUGGACAGGAGCCUUCAGAAGAGAGAGUGGCUCGUCUGGACUCCACACGGCAGAGGCUGGAGGAGCAGUUCCUCAGUUAUGUGAGCAAGGUCUGGAGAUUUCUGGGACCAGAUGAGCAAGAACCCCCAGAGACUGAGGAAGAGGAACAGUGGAGGAGCAUCAGAGAAGAAUUCCUGAAGAUCACAAUUCACAUCCUGAGGAACAUGGAAGAGGAGGAUCUGGCCAAGCGUCUGUGGAGCAGAAGUCGAGCUGUAGAGUGCACAGGACGACUGAAGAGGAGCCUGCACAGGAAGUUUCACAGUGUGUCUGAGGGGGUUGCUAAAGCAGGAACCUCUGCCCCUCUGAAUCAGAUCUACACAGAGCUCUACAUCACUGAGGGGGGCACAGACCAGGUCAACCAGGAGCACGAGGUCCGCCAGAUUGAAGCAGCGACCAGGAAACACACCAGACCAGGAACUACCAUCAGACCAGAAGAGCUCUUCAAACCAGACAGAGACCAACCAAUCAGGAGCCUGCUGACAAAAGGCGUGGCUGGCAUUGGGAAGACCCUCCUGACACAGAAACUGACUCUGGACUGGGCUGAAGACAAAGCCCAUCAGAACUUUCAGCUCAUGUUUCCUUUCACCUUCAGAGAGCUGAACCUGCUGAAAGAGAAGAAGCUGAGUUUGGUGGAACUUGUUCAUCUCUUCUUUCCUGAAACCAAAGAAACAGGACUCAGCAGCUUUGAAGGAGUCCAGGUUCUGUUCAUCUUGGACGGUCUGGACGAGUGUCGACUCCCUCUGGACUUCAACAGUCAGGUCACGACAGAAGCUACAGAGUCCACCUCAGUAGACGUCCUGCUGACCAACCUCAUCAGGGGGAAGCUGCUGCCCUCAGCUCACCUCUGGAUAACCACACGACCUGCAGCAGCCAAUCAGAUCCCUCCUGAGUGUGUGGACAUGGUGACAGAGGUCAGGGGGUUCACUGACCUCGAGAAGGAGGAGUACUUCAGGAAGAGGUUCAGAGAUGAGGAGCAGACCACCAUCAUCUCUCACAUCAGGAGCUCACGAAGCCUCUACAUCAUGUGUCACAUCCCCAUCUUCUGCUGGAUCACUGCCACAGUUCUGGAGGACAUGUUGAAGAGCAGAGAGACCAGAGAGCUGCCCAAGACCCUGACUGAGAUGUACAUCCACUUCCUGGUGGUUCAGUCCAAAGUGAGAAAGCUCAAGUACCGUGAAGGAGCUGGGACAGACAGUGUUUGGGAUCCUGAUAGCAGGAAGAUGAUGGAGUGUCUGGGAAAACUGGCUUUUGAGCAGUUGCAGAGAGGAAACUUGAUCUUCUAUGAAUCAGACCUCACAGAGUGUGGCAUCGACAUCACAGCUGCUUCAGUUUAUUCAGGAAUGUUGACUCAGAUCUUUAGAGAGGAGAGAGGACUGUACCAGGACAAGGUCUUCUGCUUCAUCCACCUAAGUCUUCAGGAGUUUCUGGCUGCUCUUCACGUCCACAUGACAUUUAUCAACUCUGGAGUGAACCUACUGCAUUCACAGCAAACGUCCAUACUGGCAAGAGUAAAGCGAAACAAACAUCACUUCAAACAGUUCUACCAGACAGCAACACGUGUUGCUUUACAAAGCCCAAACGGACAUCUGGACUUGUCCCUGCGUUUCCUUCUGGGUCUUUCUCUGCAGUCCAGCCAGAGACUCCUUCCAGGUUUGUUGACCAUUACAGGAAGUUGCUCCUGGAACCACCAAGACGCAGCAGAGCUCAUCGAGGAGAAGAUAAGGCAGAAAGUGUCUCCAGAGAGAAUCAUCAAUCUGUUCCACUGUCUGAGUGAAGUGAAGCACACUUCUCUGGUGGAGGAGGUCCAACAGCAGCUGAGAUCAGGACGUCUCUCCACAGAUCAACUGUCCCCUGCUCAAUGGUCCACCCUGGCCUUCAUCUUGCUGUCCUCAGAGGAAGAUCUGAAGGUGUUUGACCUGAAGAAAUACAUUGUUCCAAAGAAAGAUCUGCGUGUGUCUUACCUGUAUAGUAACCCACUUUCAGAGGAGGUUCUUGAGAGGCUGCUGCCGAUGGUCCAAGCUUCCAAAAAAGUUCUACUGAGCCGGUGUGGACUGUCAGAGAGAAGUGGUUCCCUUCUGACCUCAGUCCUCAGCUCUCCCUUCUCUAGUCUGACUCAACUGGACCUGAGCUGGAACAACUUGAAGGAUCCAGGAGUGGAGCUGCUGUCUGUUGGACUGAAGAGUCCACACUGUCACCUGGAGACUCUCAGCCUGAGAGGGUGUGAUCUGUCAGAGAGAAGUGGUUCCCUUCUGUCCUCAGUCCUCAGCUCUCCGUCCUCUAGUCUGACUCAACUGGACCUGAGCUACAACAGGGACCUGAAGGACCCAGGAGUGGAGCUGCUGUCUGCUGGACUGAAGAGUCCACACUGUCACCUGGAGACUCUCAGCCUGAGCAACUGUGGACUGACAGAGAGAAGUGGUUCCCUUCUGUCCUCAGUCCUCAGCUCUCCGUCCUCUAGUCUGACUCAACUGGACCUCAUUGGCAAUGACUUGAAGGACCCAGGAGUGGAGCUGCUGUCUGCUGGACUGAAGAGUCCUCACUGUCACCUGGAGACUCUCAGUCUGUCAGAGUGUAGGAUCUCAGAGAGAGGCUGUGCUUCUCUGGCCUCAGCUCUGACCUCUAACCCCUCCCACCUGAGAGAGCUGAACUUGAACCGCAAUAAUCCAGGAGGACCAGGACUGAAGCUGCUGUCUGCUGGACUGCAGAGUCCAGACUGGAGGCUGGAGACUCUCAGGCUGGAUCACUGUGGACCAGAGCGGUUAAAGAUCCGAUCUGAAGAAGUGUGAUUGUGUGUUUGGUUGAUCUAUGAGAACUCCUUGACUCAGUCAGCUUCUAGUGGAGCAGCUGCUGGAACUUGUCUUCAUCAAGUCCAGGUCACUGUCCAGAACACUGCUCACCAACAAGGUGUUCAGCAGAAGCUGGUUGUCCAGCAGCAGCUAGUGAGGAGCCUCUGUGCAGAACUAGAAGCAGCACUGUUGACUUUCCUCAUCAUCAAAUGUGGAAUCAUUGCAUCUCCUCAGUCUUUGACUCCAGAGUCACAUGAGUUUAGAAGAUCAUCACCUUCUCACUGGAGUCUGAAGAGCUCAGUGUUCUUCCACCAUCAUCACCACACCCGUCUUCAUCUGUUUCUAUGGCAGUGACUCUCAGAAGAGACAGAGGGAAAGAAGAGGAGUCGAGUUUGGACAGAAGCUUCUUCCUGGACUCUGAGCUGCUCUGACGCUGCUCGAUAGGGAGUCUGUCACCAUCAGAGUGAAAGUGUCACCAGGAGCUCACAAGUCUCUCACAGAGCAGCAGUGUUGAUGAACUUUGACCUUCUUUACUUUCAUUUGGCAAGGUUGAUUUUAUUUAUUUGAUACUAUUAUUAUAAUGUUCAUCUUUCCACAGAAAGUGCUGACCAAAGUGCUUUCCAUACAAUAAUUGAAUGAAAUACAACAAACUACAGAAGAAGUAUACAGUUUACUUAUACGGAAGAAACAGGACUCAAAUAGGCAUUUUCAUAAAACCUUCAAUAAAAUAAUAUAAAAGAACACAAAUCAAGAAACUGGAGAGUUUCCAACUCUUCUGAAGCAAUUCUCAGUGUAGCGCAGCACAGAGAAAGAGUCCUCAACACCAGUCAGACAACAUUAACUGUUAUUCAUGAUUUUCACGUGUGAUGUGGAGACUUGAAGCUGUAUUUCGGAGACAUGAACUUCAAAAGUGAAAUACUUUACAGGGAAUGAGUCUAGGUUGGUCAUUGAUUAUGACCAACAUUGAUUUUCAGGGUUUUUAUAGAGAAUGUGCAGAAUGUCCUAUGAUCCUCCAGUGGAACUAAUCCAACAUGGACAGCAGUAUAAGUUCAUGUUUAA